AUGUCGGACGAGGAGGCAUCCUUCCAGCUGCGGAUGUCAGACUCGGAUGCCGCAUCCUGUGAGGAGGGCUCCGGGGCGAUGUUUGGGCUGACGAGCAAGGAUGUUCUGUCCUUGCCACAAGAGAUGCAGUCCGUGCUGCAGAGUACGCAGGAGACCCUGAAUCAGCGGAAGCGUCGUCGUCAAGAUGAACAAGAGGCAUUUGAGAAGCGUGUGAGGGGGCGUCAGGAACGUCAGAGUGCGGCGAAGCAUGGUUGGGAUUUCAAGCUGAGAGAAGUGGCCCUGCUCGCGGUGCAGGUUCCAGAAGGUCCACCGGAGCUUCGCAAGAUCCUCCAAAAUGAGGCGCAGCCAGAGGUGGCAUGGACCGUGGCGGGUUCGAAGAUGUCAAAAGAUGUGCCAGUUCGGGUUGCUUGCCACGCUUUUAAAUGUCCUGGAAGAACAGAGACAUGCGCGGCUGUGUUCGGGCUCCAGGAAAUGCCUCACAGCAUCUCCAAUGUAAUUACAUAG